UCUGCUCGCUGUUAAUAACAUUUUGGAAAAUGUUAAUGUUAUGGGGUAACCACAGGUGCCAGUAUUGGCUUUAGUUUGAUCGCGGUUGGGUUUUUGGUGCGAAGUUCGAAAGGAAAAUUAUUAUUUUUAAGAGAAUAUUUUAUUAGUUAAACUGUAGUCAAGGUAAAUUCAACAAAAUGCUGCGUAGUUUAAUUGCGUGUAACCGUAUUGGCAGCAAAAGCCCAACUUUCAAGCUCAUUGCCUGCUAUUCGACUUCGGGUAAGCAGCACCAAGGCAAAAUCUACAAGUCGGCCAGCGAUGCGGUGGCCGAUGUUAAGGAUGGCUCCACAAUACUCUUUGGCGGCUUUGGCAUAUGCGGCAUACCCGAAAAGAUGAUUGAUGCCCUCAAGCAGAAGGGCGUCAAGAAUAUUACAGCUGUGUCCAACAAUGGCGGCGUUGACGAUUUCGGCUUGGGUUUGCUGAUUAGGCAGAAGCAAAUGUCCAAGGUGAUUUUCUCGUAUGUGGGCGAGAAUACCGAAUUGGUGCGUCAGUAUCUGGCCGGCGAACUGGCCAUUGAAUUGACGCCCCAGGGCACCUUGGCAGAGAAGAUACGCGCAGGUGGUGCUGGCAUUCCCGCCUUCUUCACGCCCACUGGCUAUGCAACGCUGGUGCAGCAGGGCGGCGCACCCAUCAAGUAUGACAAAAAUGGAAAGGUGGCCGUUGCCAGCGCCCCAAAGCCCGUGCAGUCGUUUAAUGGUCGCAACUAUGUCAUGGAAGAGUCCAUUUUCGCUGACUUUGCCCUCGUCAAGGCAAAAAAAGCUGAUCCUCUAGGCAACCUGGUAUUUAACAAAUCUGCUCGAAAUUUCAAUUCGCCCAUGUGCCGUGCCGCAAAGAUAACUAUCGCCGAAGUGGAGGAAAUUGUGCCUGUGGGUGCCCUUUCGCCAGACGAAAUCCACGUGCCUGGCAUUUAUGUUAAGCGCAUCUUCAAGGGCACUAACUACAGCAAGCGUAUUGAGCGUUUGCGGAUUACAGAGCCCAAGGAGAACGGCAAACCCGCUGCCGAGCCCAAUCCUGCCCAGCUCUUACGCGAAAGGAUCGCUCGUCGUGUGGCGCUGGAGUUCCGCGAUGGCAUGUACGCCAAUCUGGGUAUUGGCAUUCCGGUGCUCUCCUCCAACUACAUACCGAAGGGCAUGAACGUUAUGCUGCAGUCGGAGAACGGUAUCUUGGGCCUGGGUCCGUUUCCCACUAAGGAUCAAGUCGAUCACGAUUUGAUCAACGCGGGCAAGGAGACCGUCACUGUAAUACCAGGUGCUGCCUUUUUUGGCUCAGAUGAAAGUUUCGCCAUGAUCCGAGGCGGACACGUUGACCUGACUGUUUUAGGCGCCAUGGAGGUGUCGGCAACAGGAGAUUUGGCCAACUGGAUGAUACCCGGCAAGCUUGUGAAGGGCAUGGGCGGUGCCAUGGAUCUGGUCGCAGCACCCGGCGCCAAAGUAAUUAUUACCAUGGAGCACAAUGCACGCAACGGAUCGCCAAAGAUUCUAGAGAGCUGCUCGCUGCCGCUGACAGGCAAGGAAGUUAUUGAUUUGAUAAUCUCGGAGAAGGCAGUGUUUGAAGUGGAGAAGGGUGUCGGUCUGACAUUGUUAGAGGUUGCCGAGGGCUACACCGUGGAUGACAUAGUAGCCUGCACUGGCGCCAAGUUUACAGUCUCGCCGAACGUUAAGCAGAUGGGACAGAUCUCCGUUUAGAGUCCAUACAGGAGGCUAU